AUGUACACCCGCAUCAAAGUCUUCCCCAGAAAAAAGGCCGGCCAGGAGGAGAAGAACAAGCCCUUCUACCUCUCCACCCUCGACCUCACCACCAUGUUCCACCUCAGCCUUCAAGCCGCCGCCGACGAGCUGGGGAUCUCGCUGACGGCCAUGAAGAACACCUGCAAGAAGCUGGGCGUCAGAUGGCCGACCCAGCACGAGCGGCAGCGCCUGCAGGAGGAGCGGGAGGCGGGAGGGCUGGAGGCGGUUGUGCUUGCCAGGCGACGGCCAGAGGCAGGAGAAAAGGAGGGACUUCUGGUCGAUGAGCACAUGAGUGGUGUGGGACUGGAGUUGGGCGAUGGGGGGAAGCAGGAGCCAAGGAAGUGUUCUGGAGGCGAGUUGGAGCUGGAUAUGCAGACAGAGGACGUGAAGAGCAAAUAG